AGAGCUGACGGGAGAGCUGCGAGAAAUAGACAUGGGCUUAGUCUUAAUAAACCAUUCCGCCGGCGAGGGCUUGCGUGAGACAUCGUUGAUGUAACGUCGCGUGUGCUUUUGAACCCGAGUGUAGCAAGAUCAUGAUGUGCUAUGAGUUGCGCCUCAUUUCUUGGCAAUAUUAUCCUCUGCUGCUUUAUGAUUUGACAGCAUUCGCUCCGUGUCUUACCGGCCCACUCUUAGUAGUAGGAGGAGAGUUUCUGUGACUGGAGCACAAUGCUAAACACGUGUCGUGACAAGAUGGGGAGGAUAGACGAUGACGGGAGUUUGCAAGGAAGAGAGUGUGUGACUGGGAGAGAAGCAAUCUUUCGGAUCACUGCUGAUAGAGACUGCCUUAAAUAAGUGCCUGACGUGAAGGGCGGGUAAAGUAUAACAUAAGAGAGCUUGAGCUUAUAUCCUGAUGUCCUGGGGAUGGGAGAGAUUAUUCGGAAUUACCUCCGACUUAGCUCAGUAUAUAUACGUGUAUGAGGUUGUACGUUGUAGAACCACAUCCUCUAUCCCAACGGGUCUAUUCAAAUCGGGCCUUGCUGCAUCGUUCAUCCCAAAACGGAAACAGGAAUGCGAGUUGCAGUAGUAGGCGCAGGUCCUGCUGGCCUCGUGACUUUAAAGUAUCUCCUGGCUGCGGAGAGUUCUCUAGGAACUGAGCCUGUCGAAGCCCGCCUUUUCGAGUCUGAUUCGGGUGUUGGAGGCACAUUCCUCUCAAGGACAUACGAGGAUGCUGAGCUGGUAUCAUCCAGGCAGCUGACCUGCUUUUCGGAUUUCCGAUGCAGAGAUCACGAGCCUGAUUUUCUGAGCGCGCCGCGCUACGUCGAAUACCUCAACGAAUACUGCACGCACUUCAAUCUGUGGCCAUAUAUGAUAUUUAACUGCCGUGUUGAAAAGAUAGAAAGUAGACAAGGGGGCGGACAUAUUGUGGCAUACGCACUUCAAGGGCAGCGGCAUAUCUGGAAGUGCGACGCCGUGGCUAUCUGUUCCGGGCUACACGUAGAGCCCAACAUGCCCGAUAUCAAAGGGAUCGAACGGGUGUCUAAAGUAUUUCACUCUUCUCAGCUCAAGAGGAGAGAUCAGUUCGGGGUCGGGAAAACGGUGCUUGUGCUGGGAAGCGGAGAGACCGGCGCCGAUAUCUCGUUCCUUGCGAUCACUUCACCCACAAAGAGAGUGGUAUUAUGCCACAGGGAUGGCUUCCAUCUCGCACCGAAGAGGAAUCCGAACCCCAGACUUAUUCUCAGCCGCCAGAGGACUGUCCUUGAUCGCCCUCAGGUUCCGAUAGAUGUAUCCCGGGCUAGUCUCUUCGACACAGCAUACGUACACCCCUGGCUGAGGAAUAGCGGUGUUCUCUGGACCUACUAUGACUGCUAUGUCAGAUGGAUUCUGUGGGUUUCAUGGGGUACUAUCCACGGACUAGACCAAUGGAUAGGCGGGAAACCUCGGGGAUGGUCUACUUGCGAGAUAUUCUUCAACAAAUCGGGCUACAAGCUGAGCCCUUACCUCGAUGCAACCUGGAAGCCUAAGAUACCGCAAGGGUUGCUGAGAAGGAUUCGCUCAUGGUUCGUCCAAACUCCGGACCAAGAAGACACGAAAGGCCGGCAAGUAGAAAUCGCGCCCUGGCCUGAGUACAUCGACGAGAACGGCUCGGUAGUAUUUAAGAAUAACGGACGGCCGGAGUAUGCGCGCAUGAAGGGCCAGAUAAUCAAAGCUGACGUGGUGGUAUUCUGCACAGGUUACGUGCACGAGUUUCCAUUCCUUAGGGGGCGUAAAGGUAGUAUCGCCUCGUACAACGGUAAUAUGGUGCGCGGUAUCUGGCAGCGGGAUGACCCCUCGAUCGGAUUGAUCGGAUUCGUCCGCCCCAACCUGGGGGCCAUCCCGCCACUCGCCGAGAUGCAAGCCCAGCUAUGGGUGCUUCACCUACUAGCCCCAGAGAGGGUGGAGGGUCGCCCACUGCUGCCGGAAGAUGAACCGCAUUACCGGCUCGUAUCCAAGGAGAACGCGCGGAUCCGUCACGGCGUGGAUCACGAGAGCUACACUUAUCAGCUAGCUCUGGAUAUGGGUUCGGCGCCGUCGUUUAGCGAGAUAGUGAGGCUCGGGUUUGAUCAGGCUAAAGGACGGGGGGGCGGGGAUGGCAACUACAGUUGGAAGUUGCUGCUCACAUGGGCACUCGGGGCCAACUUCAACACCAAGUUCAGGCUACGAGGGCCGUGGAAAUGGGACGGAGCGGUCGAGGUUAUGGCCACGGAGCUCUGGGAUACGGUAGCGAGAAGGGAGGUGUUUUUCGGUCACUUCACCCUCUCGGUCGUCCCGAUGUUAAUAUUCGGCCCAAUGAGUCUAGUGGUCUUCCUGUACGCCUCUUUGUGUCGGCUGCUCCAGGAAGCUGGCCCUAAUCCAUGACUUGGUGGGUGAGAAUAAGCGAGUGGCUCCCUUAGCCGCAGUGGAGAUGAAGGAAGUUCGGGACGAGAUAGGCUGGGUGCACUCGGGGAGGGCCAAGUUUUCGCUUCUUGACGAGUCGUGUACGAGCGAGCGAGCGAGCGAGAGAGAGAGAGAGAGAAUAUCAGUUAUGUGAUUACGAUCAGGUCAGGACUGGCCUGUCUGUCUGUCAUCAUCGCACCUGCUGCCAUUCCCGAUUAUAUAAUCAGAGACAGUAGCGACUUCAGGCAUAGAGAUGUAGCUACAUUUGGUACUUCAGCAACCCGAGUAGGCCCUGUGGCUGUUUUUCGCAUACUUAUCUAUGUAGCGAGUCUCAAACAGAGGUGGCUUCGUGCAUAACCAUUACAGGUAUAUGUUGACUAGGCUCUACCCCUACUACUGCUUGACUGUACUCCUAUAGGCUUACAUGCCCAGUAGAUAGAUGCCUAUGUAUGGAAGUUAGGAUGGUCGUGAAUUGAGACGCGGG